AUGACAGACGUAGUCAUAAUCAUUUGCCAGAGUCUGCUCUCCGAUUCCAACGUCUCUCCAACCACCCUUGCCGACAGUGUCAUCUUUUCCAUCAAGAGACAACGUAGAUGCGAGCGCAAGCGACAGGGAUUCGCCAACGGCACACGGGUAAAGUUCAGUGUUGAUAUCGAGCGUGAAGGUAGUAAGAGAAUCCGAAGAAGUGCAGCUCAGACGAGAAACGCGGUCAUACUUCUGCGAAUUGAUCGCGGUGAUCGUGAAGGUGUCUUCGAAGAGUUGGGGAUCCGACAUGGUCACGGUGGAAGGAUGGGUGUCAAGAGAAUUCAUACUCUACAUCCUAACACUCUUCUACGUGCAAUAAUGUCUUUUCGGAAACGAAAUAUAGGUCUUUCCUCUGGUAGCGAUCGCUCCACUGCACCAGCUCCGGCCGUGCAGCAGCCACAAACAGCUACACCAGCCCCGGUUGCCGGAGUACGACCUUCUCCCGAUGAUGGACGUCCGACGACGUCUACAGGAACGCUUUCGUUGGACAACCUCUUAGCUGGACACGCUGGGAUUCCACUUGGGAAAACGCUACUUAUCGAGGAAAAUGGAACAACAGACUUUGCAGGUGCAUUGUUACGGUUCUACGCAGCGGAGGGUAUAGUUCAGGACCAUAGAGUGCAUGUCAUUGGAAUGACCGAUCAGUGGGGGAGAUCUCUGCCAGGUUUAAUCGGGGCAGCAGAUGCAGGAGAGGAGAAGGUAGACAGACGGAAAGAAGAAAAAAUGAAGAUCGCUUGGAGAUACGAGAGGCUUGGCGAAUUUGGGGCCGGGAUCGCUGGAUCAAGAACGCGAGCACCUGCGGGAGACAAGAACCAGGGUUCGCCUGAUGGAAGUACAGCGCCCAAGUCACCGACCUUCUGUCAUGCUUUUGACCUCACAAAACGCUUGACACAUCCAUCUCUUUCUACUAUCGAUUAUAUACCCAUCACACCGUCGAGAGGCUCGCCUUAUACAGCCGCGUACCAAAGGCUACAAGCUGCCAUUGCUUCUAGCCCUUCGAACACGAUUCACCGCGUUGUAAUACCAUCGAUCCUGAACCCCGGUCUAUACCCGCCCGAAGCUGGUCAGCCAGAAUAUCUGUUGCAAUUCUUCCACUCCUUGCGUGCGCUUGUAACGACAUACGCUGAGCGCAUCACAGUGAUGAUUACGCUCCCUUUGUCUCUCUAUCCUCGAUCGUCUGGUCUCGUGCGGUGGGCUGAGCUUCUAAGUGAUGGGGUGAUCGAGCUCUGUCCCUUUCCACAUUCGUCGGAUGCCAUUGCGACGUCAGGAGCUGCAACAGCACAAGAGGAGCCACCACAAGGCAUGCUCAAAACGCAUCGGCUGCCUGUCAUGCAUGAACGCGGCGGGGGUAGUGAUCAAAAUAUUGGUGAAGACUGGGCUUUCACCCUUAGUCGAAGAAAAUUCGAGAUCAAGCCAUUCAGUCUUCCACCAGCGGAAGGUGACAAUGAAGCACAACAGAGCGCUGCCGGUGGCAUGCCCAAGAAAGCAGAUCUCGAAUUCUAA